UUCUGGUUUAUUUUUUUUUGGGUUUGCUUCUUUCUCUCGAUUUCGGUGCCACAAAUUAGAAAAAAACCCUAGUUCCUCAAUUUUUCAAUUUCUUCUUGUCUCAAUAAGUUUUCGAUUUUCCUUACGCGGAAAGGUUCGUUGAAACCCUAGAUUCGGUCUCAUUUUUCGUUGGGCUGAUGGCGAGUGCGGCACGGGGAGAUAGCAGCAAUCCAUACGGCGGCGGAUUGGGAACCGGCGGAAAGUUCCGGAAGCCGACGGCUCGAAGAUCGCAGAAAACUCCGUAUGAUCGACCACCGACUUCUGUGAAGAACUCUGGACUUGGGGGCGGAGAAGACAGAGGCGGCGGCUGGUUGUCGAAAUUGGUGGAUCCGGCGCAAAGGCUUAUUACUUAUAGCGCUCAUAGGCUCUUCGCGUCUGUUUUCCGGAAACGCCUUGUCUCAGGUGAGACGCCCUUACAGUCACCGGAGCAGCAGCAGCAGCAGCAGCUUCCACAAAGAGAUGUGAUUCAGGAGACGAAUGUAAGACACAGUGCGGACACCUCUGCUUUGUCCAUGAGGAAUGAUUCGAUUCGGAUGGAAGACGCCAAUGCAUCCGUCAAUCCAAACAAGGAUGGAUUUACAGAUCUUGAAAAAAUUUUGAAGGAGAAAACUUUUACAAGAUCUGAAGUUGAUCGGUUAACUACUUUGCUGCGCUCAAAAGCUGCUGAUCCAUCCGCUGUAAACGGGGAUCAGAGAAAUGAAGUGGGUAUUGUGAGACAUACGCCAUCACGUGAGAGGGAUAGGGCGCACCCAGAUAAUGCAAGUAUGAACCCCCUUGUUUCAACACCUCUUAGAAGUUCGAGGGCUCUCGAUGAGUGUAUUGCUUCCCCAGCACAGCUUGCAAAAGCCUACAUGGGUAGCAGACCUUCAGAAGUUACUCCUUCUAUGCUGGGGUUGCGUGGCCAAGCGGUUAGAGAAGAUUCUGUUUUCUUGAACAGAACCCCUUUUCCGUCAAGGUCACCUACAAUGUCACUGGUGCCAAUGCCUUCUGGACAAAGACCCCUGGAAAAUGGUUUUGUGACCCCUAGAUCUCGGGGAAGAUCAGCUGUUUAUAGCAUGGCCAGAACACCAUACUCUAGGCCUCAGUCCACUGUGAAGAUUGGGUCUCUUUUUCAGGCAUCUCCAAGCACAUGGGAAGAAAGCUUAUCUUCUGGUUCUAGACAAGGGUUUCAAUCGGGUCUCAAACGGAGGAGCUCAGUCUUAGAUAAUGAUAUAGGAUCUGUGGGCCCUGUAAGGAGGAUUCGCCAGAAAUCUAACCUUUCAUCUAGAAGCUUGGCUCUGCCUGCCUCAGAAAGCCCACUUUCUGUUCGUGCCAGUGGUGGACAAAACAUUACUCAUACAUCUAAAGAUAGUGCAGAGGAUAUUGCUGGUUCAAGAUUUAAUCUUGUCCCCUCCCAGUCCAGGGAAAGGGCUUUAAAAAUAUUACAGGAAAUGGAUAAAAUGGCUUCAACAAAAAAGAAAUCACCAAGUAAGUUAUCACCAUCUAUGCUACGUGGCCCGGCUCUCAAAAGCCUCCAGAAUGUGGAGGAGCCAAAGUUCUUGCAUAAUCUUUCUGAGAAGCAGGCAAAUUCGCCAGGUUCUAGUUAUCAAAAGCAAGAAAAAUCUAGAGAGGGUGGCUCCAGAGAUUUUUUGGCUCCGAUUGAGAAGACUGGUGGUGCUGCUGAUGCCACAAGCAUAGCAGGUUGUAGUAAAGAUCAGGAGACUCGUGUAAAAGGCUCUUAUAUUCCUCUCACGAGUUCUUUGGAAGAGCAUCCUCCAAAAAAGAGAGCAUUUCGAAUGACUGCAGACGAGGAUUUCUUGGAGUUGGAUGAUGAUCAUGGUGCUGCUUCUACUCCAUUUGAAGUGGCAGAAAAACAGAAUGCAUCCAAAGUGGAGAAAAGUUUUGGUAUCAGCAUACCUAAAGGGGAGAAUCUACGUACGUCAUCAGAAGCCAUGCCCUCUACGUCAUAUAUUCCUAAUGGUGACGCGCCUCAGGAAACUUCUAAUGGAUCUCUGGAAACAGGAAGGAGCCAAUUUUCUGCUUUACCCAUUGAAGCUGUUCAGAAAAGUAAUAUGCCCUCUGAGCCAACUUCUAAGGUCAUCCAAGGGACUGAGAAAUCAAGUAUUUCUCCUCCCAAGCUUACCUCAGAGGAGAAAGUUAUCUCUCGGGAAGAGCCUAAAAAGGCUGCUGCUGUGUUUCCCAACACCUUCUCGUCACCGGCGGCCACUGACUUACUUAAUCAAAACAUUGGUGCAUCUGCAGACAUGAAGUUAGAAAAGCCGAGCAGCUCUGCUUUUCGAGUAUCAGAGGCUUUUUCAAAGCCAACUGAGUCAAGGAAAACUGUCGAUAACAGUGCUUCUGGAGCUGAGUCAACUACCGCAGCUGAAUCAACCCCCAAUGGUAGUAUAUUCUCAGUCGGAGCAAACGCUAUCAGUCAUCCUCAGAUUAACGGCUCUCUUGGUUCAAGCCCCUCCUUCUUACCUAGUAUUUCGAAUGUACCUUCCAAUAUGUCUGUGAGAGAGUUGUCAAGCCCCUCCUCAAGUAUGUUUGGAAAGUUGCCUGCUAAUACCAUCAAUGACAGCAAUUCCGGCAGCAACUCACAAUCAACUCCAGCACCUCCUCUAUCUUCUACAUCACCUUUCAAAUUUGGCGAACCUGAAGCUCCAAUUUCUGCGUCAACAGUAUCUGCAUCCAGCGGUCAGAUCUCAAAGGAGACUGAAGAAAAAAAACCAACAUUUGGAAAGAUAAACAGUUUUAAUGGUAUGACGUCAGCAGAUACGAGCACUGAGAAUGCUUUUGCUCCUAAGUCCUCAGAAAUUAAAAGCACGCCAGGUUUUGUGUUUGGGAGCACAUCUCCUGCUGUGGCAGAUGCAGGUAAAAAUAUCUUCGGUGGGACAUCCUCUGCGGUUGGUGGCAGCACAUUAAACCCUUCAACUGCUGCAUCUUCUGCACCUGGGAGCUCUGGAAAUUUAAUAUUUGGUGUGACAUCUUCCGCAACGCCUGGGACGGAGACCAGCAAAUUUUCCGGUAGUUCUGCAGCUACUACUGGAAGUAAUACUUUUGGAACUUCCUCACCUGCACUUACAAGUUCCGGUAGUAGCAUGUUCGGAGGUGUAGCUGCAAGUUCUGCAAGCAGUGUUUUUGGAUUCAAUGCUGUUUCAUCAGCUUCUGCUGCUAGCUCCCAAUCUCAGGCCUCUAAUCUUUUCGGUUCUGCAAAUGCUCAGACGAAUAAUACUGGGAGUGGAACCGCAACUUCAACCCAAAGCGUCCCCUUUAAGUUUGCGUCAUCUGCAUCAGCUCCUUCAUUUGGUAUGUCUGGGAACAACACUUCAUCAAACAGUUCUCCGUUUGGAUUAUCAAAGUCGGAACCUGCAGUAUUUGGUUCUGGUUCAACCCCUCAACUGAGUUCGACAAACUCUUCUGCAAGCUCUAGUGGCACAACGAGCUCUUCCCUAUUUGGUACAAACUGGCAAGCUCCCAAUUCUGCUCCAGUCUUUGGUUCCUCAUUCACCACUUCGUCAUCUCCUACUUUUUCAUUUGGAGGAUCUUCUGCUGCUACUGGUUCAAACGCUUCUGCUCCCAUGUUUGGUGCUGCUGCUGGUUCAAGCGCCUCUGCUCCCAUCUUUGGUGCUGCUACUGGUUCAAGCGCCUCUGCUCCCAUCUUUGGUGCAACUACCAGCAUGGCGUCAUCUUCAUCGAUCUUUGGUUUCAGCUCAGCCGCUCCUACCAUUCCUCAGCAGCCAGUAUUUGGUAACUCAGCCCCUCCGGCGACACCAUCACAGUCUCUGUUUGGUAACUCAACUCCCGGGUUUGCGUUUGGUGCGAGUGCUACACCAUCUAGUGCUAACGGUUUCAACAGUAACCAACAAAUGAGCAUGGAAGACAGUAUGGCAGAAGACACAGACCAAGCUAAUAAAGCUUCCAUGGUACAACAACCAAUGUUUGGACAACCGUCUGUCUCAAUGCCUCAACCAGGCUUUGCCUUUGGCGGAGCACCAACAACGCCGCCUCCAUCAAUCGCUAACCCGUUCCAGUUUGGAGGCCAACCGAUUGCAAGCACACCCCAGAACGCAUCACCUUUCCAGGCAUCCCACAGUCUAGAGUUCCAAGGAGGUGGGAGCUUCUCUCUGGGCAGCACCGGAGGCGGCGAUAAGACAGGCCGCAGAAUCUUCAAAGCGAAGAAAACCAAUAGAAAGAAAUAAGCAGUGUGGAUCAUCAUCAUUAUACAAAACACAUUGCUCAUGAAGAAUGUUUUGGUCCUUUUAAUACUCCGGCAACUUGGAUUCAGAGGAUAUCGUCUCGUCUUUUGAUGGAAGAGGUCAAAGUCAAAAUCUUCAUCGGUCUCUGUCAUUUUCGUGUCAGGAGUCUGGAUUUGGGGGUUAAAAUGUUCAGGGUUAUAUUUUGUAGGAAAGUUUUGUAAUUUUUCAGAAAAAUACUGGAGUCUGUAAGAGUAGCUCUGGCUCUCUCGUAUUGUUUUCUUUAUAAGGAAAAAAACUCUAUUGUAGUGUUUGUCACACAUACUUGUCCAAUUUUCUUUA